UGUCGUCCUUCGCAUACCUUUGCUAGAUGCCGUUUCUUUGGUCUCCUGUUUUUAUUGCGAGUUUCGGACAGUCCUUUUCUUGAACGGUAUCCUUACCUCUACGCCCUGCCUCGUCUUGAAUUUCCCGACAACACCUCCACAGAAUAGAAACUUCCAAACGUAACACGCUUCUACCCGACACACACACACACCGGAGAGACGAGGAUCGCAUCGUGGACGGGAAUGGAUCCUCGUUUCCCUGUUACGCGAGACCAAUUGUUCAGCCUGCAGAUGGACCUCAAGCACAUCCAGCUUGUCCAGAGCAGUCAAGCCGAGCGCAUUGCCAGACUUGAACGACGCCAGGAGCAGGAUGCCCAGCUCAAAUCGGUCUGGCAACAACCGCCCUUUCCAGGCGUGCUGGCUGGUACCCCUCAAUAUGGCCCUACCCACUUCAACCCAAGCGAUCUUUACGAGACGGACGACCAGGAAAACCUGCUCAGCUCUCUUCAUCUCGGGCCGGCCGAGGAGGAACCUGUCCGCCGGGGUGCCGCCUCCCGGGCCAAUAGCGUUCGCUUCGAUGAGAGCGCCCUACGACAGUCCGACUGGGGCGGCGGCGGCGGCGGCGGCGGCGGCCAGAGCAACCGCCAUUCGGGGGAAUUCGGGGGCCCCCCUCGGCCCAGCAGUGGCCUGUUGAUGGAAAGAUCGCUCUCGCACAAAUCCGACGGGAGGCAUAGCUCGGCCGGCCACUCGGUCCAUUCGGUGCAUUCGUUGGCGUCGGGACGGGCCAGCAGCCUGGGCCUACACACGGACAACUACACGGGCAGCAGCAACGAGGACGACUCGCCGGUCGACCUGCCAGGACCGCCCCCCGAGUUUUUCAUCCUGGGCUCGGUGCCGUCCAUCGUGCGAUGCUGGCUGACUCCCCACUUCGCCCACGACACCAUCCACUACGUGGACAUUUGCACGGGGUCGCAAAAGUCGACGAUCGAUUACUCGGUCGUCAGGGACCUCGACCUCGCAGACGAACUACAACGGGACGUCGACGGCGUGUGCAGGCUUCGGACCACCGUCUACCUUGUCGAGGCCACCGUCGCCGAGAGACCGCACCGGCCAUCCCACCCGGGCCAGAUCCCGAGCAUCACGGCAACGUUCGAGGUGACGGGCGUGGAGCAGGACGAGAACGCCGAGGCCAAGAAAGGAAUCCAGGUUUUCAUCGGAAGCGACACUUUGCGUGCACACGUGGCCGACAUUUUCCUUUCUCAAAACCGGAUGACCCUGGUCGGGAACGACCGGGAGAAGCUUUCGGUGCCGUUCGUGCGGCCGGAGGACGACGUGGUGUUCAAACACAUCUACACGACCAACGCCGUUCCGGUUUCGGGGAAGCCGAAGCUCAAUGCCAACGCUGCCCCGUUCGUCUUGGGAAAGUCGAGUGGGCAGCACGUUGCCCCGGUGGUGCAGCAGCGGGAUCUGGACGAGUCCGUAUCCGCAAGCGCAGCAGCCGCACCAAACGGUGCCGGGGUCGAGAAGGACGAGGAAGAGGCGGUGCACGGUCGAGCCACCUCUUGCCCUCCGGGACAGGAUGGGCGCUCUGGGACUGGGAUGGGAACGGGAAAGCCGAACGGGGCAGGAGGCCGCCGUCCUGAGACGGAUGCAGAGGCCGACGAGAAGACGAAGGAGGGUACUGCGCACCCAUCAAAGACGAGGGAAGGUGGCUUGGGGCUAUCUUCGUCUGCUUCGAAUGUGGACAGCACGGAGGGCAAUCCGCAGCCGGCGAGCGGGAUCGGAAUCUGGGGUUCGUGGCGGCACGGGACACCGGGGGCGGGGGCGGGGGCGGAGACCGGGCAGCGCGAAGGAGCACCGCUCAGCGGAUAUCAGCCUGCGGGACGAGGAGGGCGCAGCAUGAAAGUGUUGAAGCCUCUCAAGUCGACGUCGUCGUCUUCUGCGCGCACGGGAGCGUCGUACGAACCAGCGCCGCCUCCUCGGAGUAGCGGCGAGUAUCGACGCAAGAGCCAGACGGCAAUUACGGCCAUGGGUGCUGGCGGCGGCGCGGGGGGCAGCGACAGCGGGUCGAGCAACGUGAUCCGGUGGGAGUCGUCGAAGAGGGCGAUGGGCACCGGCGCGCCAGUCCAUUCGUCUCGGGACGCGCGUAGCACGACGAGUACGACAAGUGCGGGUUCGGGUUCGGGUUCGGGGGUUGCCCCUCUGACGCCCAUCUCUCGGUCUACGAACAAUCCGAUCGGAGGGGCGUCGGCUUUCUCGUGGAUGAACCCGGCGGGCAAGGCGAAACCGGCGGCCACGGCCGAGUGAAUACAGGCCCUUGUCCC